GGUAUUCACGCAAAAACAUUUUCCAUUCAUUCUGGCGGAUUCAACAUUGCAGACGAUCCACGCUUCUACCGACCACACAAGUGGUCAUCUGGAUGCGCCGGAAAUCAGUGUUCUCGACAUUUACGACAUAGCGGCAUCAAUUGGCAAGGAGUUUGAAGUGAUAAUUGAUCAGUAUGGUGCGGACGCAGUGUCCUCCCUCAUGCCAAAAGUUAUCAUACUUCUGGAAGAACUUGAGGAUUUCGCGACACGUUUUGACUCAGAAAGUCGUGAACUCGUGACUCUUCAACUUGCUGUCCAUCGUUUAGAACUUGAAAAGCUCAACAGAGAAAGUAACAAAACCAGGAAAGAAAAGGAGUUGGAACAGUUAGCGGAAACAUGGCAAAAUGAGAGCCGGGAGCUUAUCCAGUUGAUUGAUCGCCUAAAAGCGGAAAACGCAGAGUUGAAACAAGCCAUAAAAGCGAAACAGGAGGUGACAGUCUCUACGAACAAGCCUCAAUCUGACUCGGGGACUCUUGAAGAAGUUCAGCUACUGUUACGUUUGAAGGAUGUGAUCGACCGACAGAAAGUGGAACUUCGUAGUCUCCGACGACAAUUGACCCAACGCAAUAUGGACCUUGACGCAAUGCAACAACAGGCGACGCGAUUGGCAAAGCUCAAUUCCAUUCUUCGACGGCGUCACUGUGUUUGCAAGCGACCGGUGGACCAGUUGUUAAAUGAUAAAAGUGACCUCGAAUCAAGACUACGCACAAAAGAACAACUGAUCCACCAAACGCAUGAACACUUUAGUCCCCAUUCAGCUGAUCUUGCGGCCGACCCAAUCCUCACUUGUGGGAUGUCUGCUUCAAUGAUCAAAGAGGUUACUUCACCCGGAACGCCACUGACGGAUGAUCAGCUGAUCGAGGGCCUCAAUGAUGAGCACACCAUGAUCGUCAAAGGACGCAGCACAUCCAAGCAUCGAUUCACCGUGGAUGAGUUCAGAGAACUCUUAGUCGAACGAAACCAGCUACAGUCUCGAUUAAUUGAGGUGGAGGAAGAGUUACUGGUAUAUAAACGGGCUGGGGACGACGACCCACCCGUCCAAGGUCCCAUCAACCGCGAGCCGGCGGACAAAGUGGACGACCAGCUUGCUCGAGGUCCGGGUAUCAAGCAAUUUUUCGAAAACCUUUUCUUAAAGCUUUCUCAAUGA